GAAGAGAGUAAUGGCAUGAGCCUUGCGUCGAGAUCCUGUCAAAGCACUAUACAGCGAAUUUCUCGCACCUGAACUUUUACACUCUUUCCUGAGGACUAUUUUACCAUUUAAACGGGACGUCUUAUUACCUUAUUCACACUGACACGCAACAGCAGCACUUGAGAAGUCACUCCACCGCAGUUGCGUUCCUGUCUUAAGACAUUUUAAAUAAAAGGAUAUGGUGUUGGACAUGUGAAAUACACGGGCAACUUCAAACAUGAAGCUGGCAUCUUCUCUGUGUUGCCUCGGGUUUCUUCUCACUUCUGUGGCGGUCCGUCUGAGCGACUCGCAGCAAGUAUGCACUGGCACAGAGAAUAAGCUGAGUACUCUGUCAGACCUGGACCAGCAGUAUCGGACCCUUCGCAAAUACUACGAGAACUGCGAGGUGGUGAUGGGUAACCUGGAGAUCACCAGCAUCGAUCGCAGUCGUGACCUGUCCUUUCUUAGGUCCAUUCGUGAGGUGACCGGCUAUGUGCUUGUGGCGCUGAAUCAGUUUGAGUAUCUGCCCUUGGAAAAUCUGCGCAUCAUCCGCGGCACCAGGCUCUAUGAAGACCGCUAUGCCCUGGCUAUCUUCCUCAACUACCGCAGAGACGGCAACUUCGGUCUCCGUCAGCUUGGCCUUAAGAACCUCACAGAAAUUCUGAAUGGAGGGGUGUACGUGGACCAGAACAAGUUCCUGUGUCAUGCCGAUACCAUCCACUGGCAGGAUAUAGUGAAGAAUGCUCGUCCUGAUCACCUGGUUGUGCCAUCUAAUAGCAGCAGCUCAUGUCAGAGGUGUCAUAGAGGAUGCAAUGGACGCUGCUGGGGGCCAAAGGAGGACCAGUGUCAGAGCUUGACGAAGACAGUGUGUGCCGAGCAGUGUGAUGGCCGCUGUUUUGGGCCGUACGUCAGUGACUGCUGUCAUCGUGAAUGUGCUGGGGGCUGUUCGGGACCAAAGGACACAGAUUGCUUUGCCUGCACUAAUUUCAACGACAGCGGUGCGUGUGUGACGCAAUGCCCUCAGCCCUUCGUCUACAACCCCACCACGUUCCAGCUGGAGCACAACCCGCGGGCCAAAUACACAUAUGGAGCGUUCUGCGUCAAAAAAUGCCCACAUAACUUUGUGGUGGACCACAGCUCCUGUGUCAGAGCCUGUCCCAGCAACAAGAUGGAGGUGGAGGAGAACAGGAUCAAGAUGUGCAUCCCCUGUACUGAUAUCUGCCCAAAAGCAUGCGACGGGAUCGGCACUGCCAGCCUUCAGAUGGCUCAAACGGUCGACUCCAGCAACAUCGACAGAUUCAUCAACUGCACCAAGAUCAACGGAAACCUGGUGUUCCUCAUCACAGGCAUUAAAGGGGAUGUGUACCACAACAUAGAGCCCCUGGAUCCAGAGAAACUCAACGUGUUUCGCACCGUUCGAGAGAUCACUGGUUUUUUGAACAUCCAGUCCUGGCCAGAAAACAUGACUGAUCUGAGUGUCUUCUCUAGUCUGGCAACCAUUGGAGGCAGGUCUCUCUACAGUGGCAUCUCUCUUCUGGUGCUAAAGCAGCAAUGGAUUUCCUCACUGAAGCUGCAGUCUCUCAGUGAGAUCAGCGCUGGAAACGUGUACGUCACCAACAACAGUCAACUCUGCUACUACAACACCGUCAACUGGACGCGACUCUUCCGCACCAACACCCAGAAGGCCCUGAUCCGCAAUAACCGCGACCCCAAAGAAUGCAUUUUGGAUCGUAUGAUAUGUGACCCGCUGUGCUCUGAUGCUGGCUGCUGGGGUCCGGGGCCCGACCAGUGCCUGUCCUGUCGCUUCUUUAGCAGGGGACGUACCUGUGUCGAAUCCUGCAACCUGCACGAAGGACUGGCCAGCUCUAGGCCCAAGCUGCUCACCAGGCCCUAUGUGGUCGAGAAGCGGGAGGCGGGUUUGGAGAGGGAUGUACGUGAGUUCGCAAAUGGUUCAGUUUGCCUGGAGUGUGACGCGCAAUGUGAAGUAGCAGAUGACGACGGUCUUACUUGCACUGGGCCUGGUCCUGAUCACUGUGUUAAAUGCCUUCACUUUAAAGACGGACCCAACUGUGUGGAGAAAUGCCCUGAUGGCCUACAGGGAGCAAACAGCUUCAUCUUCAAAUAUGCUGAGGCCAACAAUGAGUGUCACCCCUGCCAUGUCAACUGUACCCAGGGAUGCACAGGACCUCGUCUGCAAGACUGCAUUGGCAUGAUGGACAGGACUCCCCUCAUUGCGGCUGGGGUUAUUGGGGGGUUGUUUGUGGUGAUCAUCGUCGGCCUGAGUGUUGCUAUAUCAGUGAGGAGGAAGAGCAUCAAGAAGAAGAGAGCCUUGAGACGCUUCUUGGAGACUGAGUUGGUGGAGCCUCUGACGCCCAGCGGUGCGGCCCCGAACCAAGCACAGCUGCGCAUUCUGAAAGAGACCGAGUUGAAACGGGUGAAGAUCCUGGGAGCCGGGGCCUUUGGUACAGUUUACAAGGGCAUCUGGGUACCUGAGGGCGAGACUGUGAAGAUUCCCGUUGCCAUAAAGAUCUUGAACGAGGCAACGGGCCCCAAAGCUAAUGUAGAGUUCAUGGAUGAGGCUCUGAUCAUGGCCAGCAUGGAACAUCCUCACUUGGUGAGGUUAUUGGGUGUGUGUCUAAGCCCUACCAUUCAGCUGGUCACUCAGCUCAUGCCCCACGGCUGUCUGCUGGACUACGUGCACGAGCACAAAGAUAACAUCGGCUCCCAAUUACUGCUCAACUGGUGUGUUCAGAUCGCCAAGGGUAUGAUGUACUUGGAGGACAGGAGACUUGUGCACAGGGAUCUGGCAGCUCGGAACGUCCUAGUGAAGUCACCCAACCAUAUUAAGAUCACUGACUUCGGUCUGGCUCGCCUUCUGGAUGCAGAUGAGAAAGAAUACAACGCAGACGGGGGCAAGAUGCCUAUAAAGUGGAUGGCCUUGGAGUGCAUCCACUAUAGGAAAUUCACCCACCAGAGUGACGUAUGGAGUUACGGAGUUACUAUCUGGGAGCUGAUGACAUUCGGAGGAAAGCCGUACGAUGGCAUCCCUACCCGAGAGAUUCCAGACCUGCUGGAGAAAGGAGAGAGGCUCCCUCAACCUCCCAUCUGCACUAUUGACGUCUACAUGGUCAUGGUCAAAUGCUGGAUGAUAGAUGCAGACAGCAGACCCAGAUUUAAGGAGCUUGCAGCAGAGUUCAGCCGAAUGGCAAGAGAUCCACAACGUUACCUAGUCAUCCAGGGGGACGACCGCAUGAAGCUUCCCAGCCCCAAUGACAGUAAGUUCUUCCAGAGUCUGCUAGAUGAGGAGGAACUGGAGGAUCUGAUGGAUGCCGAGGAGUAUUUGGUUCCACAAGCCUUCAGUAUUCCUCCGCUGGCAUACACAACCAGAUCACGCAUGGACUCCAACAGAAACCAGUUCGCGUACCAGGACGGCAGCUUCGGCAUGGAGGAGAUGAUGGCCACUAUCCCGCGGGUUGUGGCUGUGUCCGCGGUCAGCCCUGGCUGUUCCACUCAGAAGCAAUCUAUGGCACAGCAGGGGGCCUCGGGGCCCUCAGAGGCAUUUGAAGACAGUCGCUGUAAUGGUACUCUCAGGAAGAAGGCUUCACCCAGGGCGAGCACUGGGGAGGACAGCAGUGGCCAGCGCUACAGCGCAGAUCCAACUGUGAUACUGUGUGAGCGUGGAGCCAGAGCUGAGACCGACCAGGAUGGAUACAUGAGCGCCAUGCAGGACAAAAAGCCCUCAGAUUAUCUCAACCCUGUGGAGGAGAACCCCUUUGUCACCCAUCGCAGAAACGGAGAGGUCCACACUCUUGAGCGAGGUUACCACAGUACCGCCAACGGGCAGCCCAAAGUGGAGGACGAGUAUGUCAAUGACCCGCUGUACCUCAACACCUUCCAUAACUCUGGGGAAAAGAGUCACGACGUAUUGCGGAAGAACGGUGUCCCGGCACACACGGCAGCGGCGGCGGUAGCAGUAGUAGCGGCAGCAGCGACUUCCAACAGCCAGAGCCUUUCCCAAACCAUGCAGCCAGCGGCAUCCAAUGCCCACGUCACAACACAGCCUGUCUACCAAGGCAAACAAAGCAUCUCCACCCUCUCAGGCCACACCCUCCACUCUGCCCAUCCCGGGCACACCCUCCAUCCAACACACACCCUCCAUCCCGCUCACUCCGGGACCAUCAAGGCCGACAUAAAGCCCAAAAAGACAUUUGACAAUCCCGAGUACUGGCAGCACAGUCUUCCCCCCAAGGCCACUCUACACAACCCGGAGUAUCUGCAGGACUGCAGCACACGCUUCUUCUACCGGCAAAACGGUCGGAUUCGACCCGCCGUCGCCGAGAAUCAGGAGUACCUGUCCGAGUAUGCGCUAAAACCGGGCACCGUGUUGCCGCCUCCGCCCUACCGCCAGAGAAACACUGUCGUGUAGCAACAGCGGCCGAGACAAACAAGGAAAGGUUGAGGUAAAGAGAGAGUCUCACCCUGGCUCUCACACCAGCAUCCCGAUCUCUCCGCUCCUCUCUGAACUGGAUUUAACACCCAACCUCCAAUGACCUGGAACUGAUUCACUUGAGUGAGCUUCUCAUCCAGAGGCAUUGGUCACAGAUGGCCACAUCAAUCAAAGCUCCUUCCUGCUUGUCUCCUCACUUCAAUCACCAUUAAGACCUGUUUCCCCCUACCUGAGCCCAACUUUUGAAAGGCGAAACUCUUCCCAGCAUUUGGUAGAGUUACACUCAUCUCAUUGAAAGCAAGUACUGACAUUGACGUGCAACGUGGGUCGAUCCAUUCUUUUGUGCAAUUACAUAAAUGUUUUGAUUUGAAGCUACAAUAUGAUCUGCUGUAAUUUAUGACUUCAGUUAGCAUAGUUUAUUUUAUCACUCCAUACAUUUAAUGUCGUAUUGGGAAUAUCGUUGUGGGCCCCAAAUGGUCCUCAAUGUCGCCUACUAAUUGAGACUCAAACAAAGGCUGUAUACUACGUGCUGUUAUGUACAACCAAAUGUAUGUUCUUUACAGCAUGGUUUCAACUGGGACCUUUGAUCACCACGUUCUCAAAUGGCACAUUUUCAAAAGACAUUCUGUUCAAAAUAUCUCCAUAAUUCAUCUACACAUGCUCAAACAAGACACUUUUUAUUACUUCAACUAAGCUGUUCUCUCUCAUUUUUGAUUCGUGAGUAAAACUGGAACAAUUCCCAACUGGAAACAGUCCUAUGGUCCGCAUUAUACGACAUGCGUAAAUGCAACUUGAUGAAGACAAGCGCUCCGUGCUGAGAACAGUAUCAGCCCGCAUAUGAAUGAGACCGUACAGCAGCCCACCACAAAAUCAAUAACUUCAUAAAAGCAGAUCUGCAACAGUCUACUGUAAUAACGUUUUUAUUGUUGAUCUAGCCAGCAUUGAUCUGUAUGCUCGCAGAAUUGUCACCUUAAGGUAGCCUUCCUUAUUUUGUCAUUUAACGUGUGGAACGAAAACCCAGAUUGGGUCUACCUUGAACUUUAGAAGCUGAAAUCAAUACUAGCGAUCCACGUAGAUGGAUGUACGGCGGCAAAUGGAUAUUUACACAGCUACGGAGGCCUAGGUUUGCACGGACGACUCGACAGCACACGACGCCUGGCUCCUCUUCUGAAACAUGGCCGGAAAACUGUUCUAACUAUAUAAACUUCACCCACAUUGUGAGUCGAUGAGGUGCACAAGACUUGCGAUCAAGAUGGCAGCUUUUUCUAGCUGGGUUUAUUAAAACUGCAACAAGAAGACAGGAGUACCAUCAUGCAGUACCGUGAGGAACAAAAUGAGAAGGUACGAAUGGAAUAUUUGCCCUGAGGUCAGAGAUGAGACUGCUUCAAAUCUGUCAACUCCAUUUGAACUGUCUCCCAUAAGAAGCGUCUCAUGGAGCUUAGUCGGGCAUGUUGUUUUUCUCAAAUGGUGGAAAUCAGUUACAUCUUCAGUAAAAACCACGCCAUCCAGGUUUCUACGGCCAGAUUUGUGUAUAGUUUUGAACACUGCCAGUCACUAUGCUUUUCCGCUAAGAGGAAUAAUGAUGUUGUUUUGCUGGUUUGGAGAUGUGAAAUGGUUUUAUAGCACUUAACAGCCUGGCACAGCCGCAUGAGUUUGUUUUAAACACCAACGGCACUGAUUGAAUACUCAUUUGUUAUAAUCAUAGCUACAUGACGAUAGCGAACACCACCCGCCCACAUACGUUUGUUUUGCUCUAUCAUUUUUUUUCUCUUUGUAUGCUUUUUUUGUGCUUAUGAAUAUGAAGGUUUACGGUUACAUGGAGCACUUUAAUUAAUGAACAUCACAAAGACAGAGCGGAGUUCUUUUCAUUGUGGGUAUUGCUGUUCCCAUGUGAUAACAGAUUAGACAAAUGACAUUUUUGGCUCUCUACUGGAAACAAAAUCAGGGAAUGUUAGUGACGCGCAGUAAUUUUGCCAAACACAGAUGUUUACUAAUUGAAGUAUUUAUCUCAAGCUUUUAACCUUAAAAAUAAUGCAGUUAGAGCAGAGUUUAAGGUGGGUCGCAGUAAAUGAGUGCUAAGAUUACCUAUAUAACAAUAAGACGAGAUGUCUUUACAGGACAAAACUGAUACUUGAAAUUGCUUCAUUUUAGCUCCUAUAGAGUUUGGAAACUAGUUUAAUUAGCAGUUAUGAAGUAAAGUGUGUAGAACUAAGGCCAAAUGUUAUUUUUUUCAUCUUUCUUGUAUUUAUGAUGAACCUGAGGAUUCUGGUUGAGGUUAUGAAAAGCCCAAAGAAGUGCAACCUCUAUUAAACCCUCUUGCGUACAGUUUCCAAGACGGUUGAAGCUUUCAGUUACCAUCUCUUAACCCAAUUAAAGGCAAGGACCAUGUGCAUAUGCUACUGAUAAAGUCACCACAGGUCAAAAUCUAUAUAUGUAGCAACUGCUGUGAAUACAGGGUGGGUAAAGAUCUAAAUCCAUCAAGUGAGGAACAACUAGACCAAAAUGGAGGUAGGAGAAUGCCUGAAAUGUAAGGGUUACUGUUUGCGAAGACUUUCACUUCUGUUAGAGACUGUUAGAGGAUGGAAUUCAUUCUCUUUGGAAACAUUUCCACUUUCUAGAAACUAUAGGAAAUGAGGUUUGAGCACAAACAUUUUGUCUCGCUGCACAUUGUUCAUUGGUGACUCACUUUUAGCUGAAUCUAGAAGAACAUGAGAAGACAUUUUGACAUGAGCUUGUGUAUAUAUACUUGAAGGGGCUUGAAGAUAAUUAUGUGAAGAGUAGCGAGAUAUUGGUGAAGGCUUAUAUUCCACUUUUUUUAAAAAACAUUGCUUUAAAUAUAUGAAGGCUGAGUUCACUGAGUUCCAGUGCUAGACACUUGAGUCAACUCUUUGAAGUGCUUAAGUAUGCUUUAUUACACUGCACAUCUAGAUGUAAUGUCUGGCUGUCAUGCUCUUCUCCAUUAUUCAGUCAAUGGGUUUCCAUUCAAAGUCAAAGAGAACAAAAUCGUCACUUCCUGAUAAACUAAAUAUCACUAGGAAAAGUAGGAGAAGCCACUGAAUAUAAUAAUUUUCAUAUAUAAUAAAUUACUUGAGCCUCAGAGUGAGCAGACAAAACACAAUAAAUGCAGUCAUUGCUUCUUUCGGAAGUGGAUGCCUGUUGUUAGGGAACGCAGUCGAAUUAUACAGACUUUGCUUGGGCAUUUAAGAAUGGCCAUAACAACAUUUCAGAAGCUACAAGAUCGGUCCGCUGGUUAGUCAGGUUAUGCCGUGCCAUAGCACAAAGUCACAUGACUUAUUUGCUGCGCAUGAGUUUCCAUCUCCUUUUUUUUUUUUUUUUUUUU